AUGGCGAACGCGAAUCCGGACAUUCAGGUAACGGUAGUCGAUUACGACAGCAAGCGCAUUGCUGCAUGGCAAUCAGAUGACCUCCCCAUAUACGAACCUGGCCUCAUGGAUAUGGUCAAACCAUCGCGCGAUGGCAUUCCAAACAAGAGGGCGCCCAACCUCAUCUUCUCCACCGACGUCGACCGCGGCAUUGCCGAAGCUGAGCUCAUCUUGUUGAGUGUCAAUACCCCAACCAAGACAUUGGGUCAGGGUGCAGGACAUGCGAGCGAACUGUCCUAUUUGGAGUCUGCUGUCCGAAAGAUUGGGGCUGUAGCGACGGACAACAAGAUUAUCGUAGAGAAGAGCACUGUACCGUGCCGAGCGGCGGACACACUUCGAGAUGUUCUAAGAGCAACAAGCAAACCUGGAGUAGAGUUUGAGAUAUUGUCGAACCCCGAAUUUUUGGCCGAAGGAACCGCCAUUCAAAACCUCUCGAAUCCCGAUCGUGUACUGAUCGGCUCCCUAAAGACACCUCAGGGACUGGCGGCUGCACGAGCCCUAGCCCAGAUUUACUCUGCUUGGGUCAGCGCGGAUCGCAUCAUCACAAUCAACCUGUUCAGCUCGGAGUUGGCCAAGUUGGCCGCAAACGCUCUGCUUGCUCAACGAAUCAGCAGUGUCAAUGCGUUGGGUGCCAUGUGCGAAGCCGUGGGUGCCGACAUCGAUGAGGUAUCCUACGCCGUCGGACUAGACAAGCGCAUUGGGUCUCGAAUGCUUAAAGCAUCGGUCGGUUUCGGUGGUUCUUGCUUCCGCAAAGACAUUCUGUCCCUGGCAUACAUCGCAGAGUCACUGAACUUGUUCGAAGUCGCUGCCUACUGGCGAUCAGUAGUGGACAUCAACGAGUACCAAAAGGAUCGAUUUACCCGCCGCAUCGUGCGAUGUUUGUACAACUCACUCUCGAAUAAGACACUUGCGAUUCUCGGCUUUGCGUACAAAAAGGACACAGGAGACACCCGCGAAUCAGCAGCCAUCACAGUCGUCAACAACCUUCUUGCAGAAGGUGCCAACGUCAGAAUCUAUGAUCCUCAAGUCAAGGAAUCGCAGAUACGUCAGGAUAUCGAGACCAGUAAUCCACACCCGAAAAGCAUCAAGGAUAGGCUUACAGUCUGCUCGUCGACUUAUGACGCAUGUACCGAUGCCGACGCCGUGGUCAUAUUGACAGAAUGGGACGAAUUCAGCAACAAGGGAAGUCCCGUACAUGUUCGCGGAGACUCAGUACAUAGUGGCGACGUGGAUUUAAUGCGCAAGGAAAUAUCAUGGAAGCGCAUCUCGCAGGUGAUGCGGCGGCCCAUGUACGUGUUCGAUGGGCGUAAUAUCGUUGACCCUGUGCCUCUGGAGGCACUAGGUUUCCGUUACGAAGGCGUCGGUAAGUCGAGGGAGUUGUACUCAUUCUAG